UUGACAAGCCCAGAGGGCUGCUGUACACAAGAUCAACUUCAAACGAGAUGCAUUGAAAAUUCAUACUAAUUUUAAGAUUCUCUCAGGUAUUAUUCCUCCUGCAUCAGCAUCCCAGCCGACAAAUCAAAGGUCUGGCAUGAGCAGAGUCUUCCCGACCAACAUGUUUCCCCGCCGGCCUCACAUGAGCCGCACUAGUAGGCUUUCGAGCGAUCCCCGUGUCCGGCGCGAGCAUUCGCCCGCGCUUCACUCUUCUUUCGGCCCAGAUCUGCCCUCGUCAGAGAAUCCAGGUUGGCUCUGCGAAAGAGCACCUCCACAACCAGACAUGGUGUCAACGCCUUCGUCCUCUAAAUCUCCAACUUCCUCCAAACUGACAUCUUCAUCUUCCCGAACAACGCCUCUGUCCUUAUCCGAGAAGCGUUCUUUCAGCAGAGGGAUACCGUCAGUACGUUCCACAUCGAGCUCUAGCAGCAACCCUUCCAUAGCUUUGGUCGGGUAUUGCGAUCAGCUCGACCUCUUUCGACACCAAAUCGACUCCCAUAGAGAAAUGGUUACUGAAUCGCACAAAUGUACAUCCUAUCGGUCAUCGCUAAUGAAACCUCAUCGCCUUCCGAUUUCUGCCCAAGCGCCGUACAUGUCAGAGGCCCAGGCUGAUCCUAAAUCAUUGGGAUAUGUUUUAGCAGCAUGUGCUGUCUGCUUACGUGCGUAUUGCGAGGGGUGUGAAAAGAAAAUCAAAGAGCCUAGGGAAGGGGAUACGUGGUUCAGCACCGCCCUCAAUUGCUGCGAGAAGGUUAGAGUAAGAGGACUUAUCAACGUUCUCAGUGAUCUGGACGUUGAAGUUGAGGGAGCUCCUGGAUAAAUACCUUUCUCGGCAGGCACUCUGUUGCAACUCAUCAACCACCAUUUUAUUCGCAGGUCAAGUGUCGGAGGCACUUGUGAAAUGGGGCUGCAGAUGAGCGAGAUACUUGUUUGUGGCAUAUGUACAGAAUAUUUCGCCGUAUUCUUACCGGUAAAAGUUGAUGAAAUAUGUAGCAGAAGACAGCCCUGUG